GCGGAACAUCCAGCUAUAUAUUGCGACCAUUUCUUUCCGACAGUGACGGAUGCUCUGACUGCUGCGUACAUGCAUUUUGUCGUUCUGCCAUAUCGCGAAUGUACCCAGAUGCUGAGGCCCGUUUGGGUCCUGAGUGGGGAGGGGAAAGUGUGGUACAAGGAGCGUGGGACAUCAGGGUAACAAGAGCGAUUUGGAUCCUGUCUUUGGCACUUGUUCUCUACGACUAUGUCUUAACAUUUGGUGAUGAGGUGAACUGGAUGUGGAACGGAAAGUUCCUGUGGACCCGUGUUCUGUUCGCCGUUAGCCGAUACUGGACAAUCGUGAAUCUGGUCAUUCAUAAUGUGGUCUUAGCACUUUCCAGUCCUCCCGAUCGAGUAUGUAUUCUGUUGACAUCAGUCUUCAAAGCGUGGUUCGCUGAAUACCUCAAACAGCUAUGUAGAGUCUGGUAUUUCUAUGUGGUUUUUGCCACAGCAGGCACCAGCCUGACAACAACCAUCAUUUCGCAAUUGCGUAUCUACGCUAUGUAUAACUGCAAUCGGAAAUUACUCAUGGCGAUGGGAGCCGCGGUCUCACUGUCCUUUGGUCUCCAAGGUCCAGUUCUCCUUAUCAUGGUCAUUCGUGCAGAGACUUUCCGCCUGCCGCCUGUGUAUACCGGUUGCUUCGCUGCUGAUCCGUACCCAUACCUUCUGCCUUACUGGGUUCAGUGGAUGCCUUACUUGACUUACGAGUGCUUCAUCUUCGUGCUCGCGAUAUACAAGUCCGUUGCGCUCGCCCGUGAUCAGCCGGAAACGCCAUGGCUUAUCUACGUCCUCCUGCGGGAUUCCAUUGUAUUCUUUGGUGGAACGCUUUCUAUAGUACUGGUCAAUUGUCUCAUCAAUGCUCUCGGAAAACCUUCAAUAUUCAGCGCUUGCACUGCGCUUUAUAUAGCACUAUACUCUAUUCUCGGAUGCAGGAUGCUUCUAAACAUCCGAGAAGCAGCCAAUCCUUGGGCUCGAUAUGAUUCGGUGCUGUAUGGCAUGAUGCAAAACAAUCGAACAGAUGUUUCAUCUGUAGAGUUCGCUAGGAAUAAUAGACCGGAUGAGGAGGCCAUGGAAUUGGAGCUUAUGUCUCCGGGAUCCUCUUAUACUUCGCCUGAUACAUCGAGAGGAGAAGCUCUUCAAUAG